UGCUCGGCGCCGGGGCGAGUCCGCACUCCCGUCCCCGCGGCUGGCGCAAGACUCCAGAGCAAGCGCCCAAGGGAGCGGGUCGCGGGGCGGAGAGGCGGCGGGAGGGGCUGCAGAGAAGUAGGAGCGAGCGAACGCCGGGGGGUCCCGGCUGUCCUGCGCGCCAAGGCCAGACUCCCUCCAGGACAGCCGCCGCCACAAAGCACCGAGAGCCGGCAAGGGCGCCCAUGACUUCCUAGAGUUGUGUGUCCUCGCCGAGUCGCUGUCCGGGCGUCCCCCGCUUCCCCGCGCCCCGUGCGCCCCCCGCGCCCCGCCGGCAUGGACGUCCACACCCGCUGGAAAGCGCGCAAUCCGCGCCGCCCGGACGCCCCGCUGUCGCCGUUGCUGCUGCUGCCGCUGCUGCUGCUGUGGGCGCCGCCUCCGAGCCGCGCAGCUCAGCCAGCAGACCUCCUGAAGGUUCUAGAUUUUCACAAUUUGCCUGAUGGAAUAACAAAGACGACGGGUUUCUGCGCAACACGGCGAUCUUCCAAAGGCCCAGACGUUGCCUACAGAGUCACCAAGGAUGCCCAGCUCAGCGCACCGACCAGGCAGCUGUACCCUGCGUCUGCCUUUCCCGAGGACUUCUCCAUCCUAGCCACUGUGAAAGCCAAGAAGGGCAGCCAGGCCUUCCUGGUGUCCAUCUACAACGAGCAGGGCAUCCAGCAGAUCGGCCUGGAGAUGGGCCGCUCCCCCGUCUUCCUGUACGAGGACCACACAGGGAAACCUGGCCCGGAGGACUACCCUCUCUUCCGCGGCAUCAACCUGUCAGAUGGCAAGUGGCAUAGAGUUGCUCUCAGCAUCCACAAGAAAAAUGUCACUCUGGUCCUGGACUGCAAAAAGAGGACCACCAAGUUCCUGGACCGCAGUGACCACCCCAUCAUCGACGUCAAUGGCAUCAUUGUCUUCGGCACCAGGAUCCUGGAUGAGGAGGUGUUCGAGGGUGACAUCCAGCAGCUGCUCUUCGUCGCGGACCACCGGGCGGCUUAUGAUUAUUGUGAGCACUACAGCCCUGACUGUGACACUGCAGUCCCUGAUACCCCCCAGUCGCAGGACCCCAAUCCUGAUGAAUACUACCCAGAAGGAGACGGUGAGGGUGACACCUAUUAUUAUGAGUAUCCAUACUAUGAAGACCCUGAUGACCUGGGGAAAGAAACUGCCCCCACCAAGAAGCCCGUGGAAGCUGCUCGAGAAACCACAGAGAUUCCCGAGGAGCUGACCCUGCCGCCCACGGAAGCCCCUACUGUGCCCGAGACCAGAGAGGGGCCUGGGAAGGAGGAUGACCCUGGCAUUGGGGACUACGACUACGUGCCGAGUGAGGAUUACUACACGCCUUCGCCCUAUGAGGACAUCAACUACGGCGAGGGCAUCGAGAACCCUGACCAGCCCACCGACCCCGGGCCAGCGGCCGAAUUUCCCACCAGCACUGAGGCCACCACCAACGCGUCCAGCCCAGCACUGUCCCCAGAGGAAGGGAAGGAUGACUUUGACGGGGAAUUCACUGAAGAAACCAUCAAGAAUCUCGACGAGAACUACUACGACCCAUACUUCGACCCCACCAUCUCCCCAUCAGAGAUUGGGCCUGGGAUGCCAGCGAACCAGGAUACCGUCUAUGAAGGGAUUGGAGGACCCCGGGGCGAGAAGGGCCAAAAGGGAGAACCUGCAAUCAUCGAGCCAGGCAUGCUCCUGGAAGGGCCGCCCGGCCCCGAAGGCCCCGCUGGUCUUCCAGGACCUCCAGGAACUACGGGUCCCACUGGCCAAGUGGGUGACCCUGGAGAGAGGGGUCCCCCUGGACGCCCAGGCCUCCCUGGGGCCGAUGGCCUGCCUGGACCUCCUGGGACCAUGCUCAUGCUGCCGUUCCGGUUCGGAGGGGGUGGCGACGCGGGCUCCAAAGGCCCCAUGGUCUCAGCCCAGGAGUCCCAGGCUCAAGCCAUUCUGCAACAGGCCCGGUUGGCUCUGAGGGGACCGGCUGGCCCAAUGGGUCUCACCGGCAGACCAGGCCCCAUGGGUCCGCCUGGGAGUGGAGGCCUGAAGGGCGAGCCUGGAGACAUGGGGCCACAGGGUCCCCGAGGGGUGCAGGGCCCGCCUGGCCCCACAGGAAAGCCUGGAAGAAGGGGGCGGGCUGGGAGUGAUGGAGCAAGAGGAAUGCCUGGACAAACCGGCCCCAAGGGUGACCGUGGCUUUGAUGGCUUGGCCGGCUUGCCGGGUGAGAAGGGCCACCGGGGUGACCCUGGUCCUUCUGGCCCCCCGGGACCUCCGGGAGAAGACGGAGAAAGGGGCGAUGAUGGAGAAGUCGGGCCCCGAGGGCUGCCUGGGGAACCCGGUCCUCGUGGUCUGCUUGGGCCAAAGGGGCCUCCGGGCCCUCCUGGACCCCCGGGUGUGACUGGCAUGGACGGCCAGCCCGGCCCAAAAGGAAACGUGGGUCCCCAGGGAGAACCGGGCCCCCCGGGCCAGCAGGGUAAUCCAGGUGCCCAGGGUCUUCCCGGCCCCCAGGGUGCGAUCGGGCCUCCAGGAGAAAAGGGCCCCUUGGGUAAACCAGGACUCCCAGGGAUGCCUGGCGCUGAUGGACCCCCGGGGCACCCCGGUAAAGAAGGUCCCCCAGGAGAGAAAGGAGGACAGGGUCCACCUGGCCCCCAGGGUCCAAUCGGCUAUCCAGGGCCUCGAGGAGUCAAGGGGGCAGAUGGCAUCCGCGGCUUGAAGGGCACCAAGGGUGAGAAGGGUGAAGACGGCUUUCCUGGGUUUAAAGGAGACAUGGGCAUCAAGGGUGACCGGGGAGAGAUCGGCCCGCCUGGUCCCCGAGGAGAAGAUGGUCCUGAAGGUCCAAAGGGUCGAGGAGGUCCCAAUGGUGACCCUGGCCCCCUGGGGCCCACUGGGGAGAAGGGAAAACUCGGAGUCCCCGGAUUGCCAGGGUACCCGGGAAGACAAGGGCCUAAGGGUUCCAUUGGGUUUCCUGGAUUUCCUGGCGCCAAUGGAGAGAAGGGCGGCAGGGGGACCCCUGGAAAGCCGGGACCAAGGGGACAGCGCGGCCCAACGGGUCCGAGGGGUGAGAGAGGCCCACGGGGCAUCACGGGGAAACCUGGCCCCAAGGGCAACUCCGGAGGUGAUGGACCGGCUGGCCCUCCUGGGGAACGGGGACCCAAUGGACCUCAAGGACCCACAGGGUUUCCUGGACCCAAGGGCCCCCCUGGCCCCCCAGGCAAGGAUGGGCUCCCAGGACACCCUGGACAGAGAGGCGAGACCGGAUUCCAAGGCAAGACUGGCCCUCCAGGCCCCCCAGGUGUGGUUGGCCCUCAGGGUCCCACGGGAGAGACUGGUCCAAUGGGCGAGCGCGGCCACCCCGGGCCCCCAGGGCCCCCCGGUGAGCAGGGGCUCCCAGGCGUGGCCGGGAAAGAGGGGACAAAGGGUGACCCUGGCCCCGCUGGCAUCCCUGGGAAGGAUGGACCUCCAGGACUGCGUGGCUUCCCUGGGGACAGAGGGCUUCCUGGCCCAGUGGGAGCUCUUGGACUGAAAGGCAACGAAGGCCCCCCCGGCCCCCCGGGGCCUGCGGGAUCUCCAGGAGAGAGAGGCCCCGCUGGUGCUGCCGGUCCCAUUGGAAUUCCAGGGCGCCCCGGGCCCCAGGGUCCUCCGGGACCAGCUGGAGAGAAAGGGGCACCUGGUGAGAAAGGGCCACAAGGCCCGGCUGGCCGAGAUGGUCUUCAGGGCCCUGUGGGGCUCCCUGGCCCAGCAGGCCCUGUGGGUGCCCCUGGAGAAGAUGGAGACAAGGGCGAGAUCGGAGAGCCGGGACAGAAAGGGAGCAAAGGGGACAAGGGCGAGCAGGGUCCUCCAGGGCCUACAGGUCCUCAAGGCCCCAUUGGACAGCCAGGCCCCUCUGGCGCGGACGGCGAGCCAGGGCCUCGGGGCCAGCAGGGCCUUUUCGGGCAGAAAGGUGACGAAGGCCCACGAGGCUUCCCGGGUCCCCCCGGGCCUGUGGGGCUGCAGGGUUUGCCAGGACCUCCGGGGGAGAAGGGUGAGACAGGAGAUGUGGGCCAGAUGGGCCCUCCAGGUCCCCCUGGCCCCCGAGGACCCUCUGGAGCUCCAGGUGCUGACGGGCCACAAGGCCCUCCAGGUGGAAUCGGAAACCCGGGUGCAGUCGGGGAGAAGGGUGAGCCUGGUGAAGCUGGGGAACCUGGCCUUCCGGGAGAAGGGGGCCCCCCGGGGCCCAAAGGAGAAAGAGGGGAGAAGGGCGAGUCGGGCCCUUCUGGUGCUGCUGGACCCCCCGGACCCAAAGGACCCCCUGGAGAUGACGGCCCCAAAGGCAGCCCGGGCCCUGUGGGCUUCCCCGGAGAUCCUGGUCCCCCUGGAGAGCCGGGCCCUGCGGGUCAAGAUGGUCCACCUGGGGACAAAGGAGACGAUGGCGAACCCGGGCAAACGGGAUCCCCAGGACCGACUGGUGAGCCGGGUCCAUCUGGGCCUCCAGGAAAAAGGGGUCCCCCCGGCCCUGCAGGCCCUGAAGGAAGACAAGGAGAGAAAGGAGCCAAGGGAGAAGCCGGUUUGGAAGGCCCUCCUGGGAAGACUGGCCCCAUUGGCCCCCAGGGGGCGCCAGGCAAGCCCGGGCCUGAUGGCCUGCGGGGGAUCCCAGGACCUGUGGGUGAACAAGGUCUCCCAGGAUCCCCAGGCCCAGACGGUCCCCCCGGCCCCAUGGGCCCCCCUGGACUCCCCGGCCUCAAAGGAGACUCAGGUCCCAAAGGUGAAAAGGGUCAUCCAGGCUUGAUUGGACUCAUCGGGCCUCCAGGAGAACAGGGGGAGAAAGGUGACCGUGGCCUCCCUGGCCCGCAGGGCUCUUCCGGCCCCAAGGGAGAACAGGGUAUCACUGGUCCGUCUGGCCCGAUUGGCCCCCCAGGACCCCCUGGUUUGCCGGGCCCUCCUGGUCCAAAAGGCGCCAAGGGCUCCUCGGGUCCCACUGGCCCGAAGGGUGAGGCAGGCCAGCCAGGCCCCCCCGGCCUGCCGGGCCCCCCAGGUGAGGUCAUCCAGCCCCUGCCGAUCCAGGCAUCCAGAACCAGGCGGAACAUCGACGCCAGCCAGCUGAUGGAUGAAGGCAACAAUGAGAACUACAUGGACUAUGCCGAUGGCAUGGAGGAGAUCUUUGGCUCGCUCAACUCCCUGAAGCUGGAGAUAGAGCAGAUGAAGCGGCCGCUGGGCACACAGCAGAACCCUGCCCGCACCUGCAAGGACCUGCAGCUCUGCCACCCUGACUUCCCUGACGGUGAAUACUGGGUGGACCCCAACCAAGGAUGCUCCAGGGACUCCUUCAAAGUCUACUGUAACUUCACGGCCGGGGGGUCCACCUGCAUCUUCCCUGAUAAGAAGUCUGAGGGGGCCAGAAUCACUUCUUGGCCCAAAGAGAACCCGGGUUCCUGGUUCAGUGAAUUCAAGCGCGGUAAACUGCUCUCCUACGUGGAUGCCGAGGGCAACCCUGUGGGCGUGGUACAGAUGACCUUCCUGCGGUUGCUGAGUGCCUCCGCCCACCAGAACGUUACCUACAACUGCUACCAGUCAGUCGCCUGGCAGGAUGCCGCCACGGGCAGCUACGACAAGGCCAUCCGCUUCCUGGGCUCCAACGAUGAGGAGAUGUCCUAUGACAACAACCCCUACAUCCGCGCCCUGGUGGAUGGCUGUGCGACAAGGAAAGGCUAUCAGAAGACUGUGCUGGAGAUCGACACCCCGAAAGUGGAGCAAGUACCCCUCGUGGACAUCAUGUUCAAUGACUUCGGUGAAGCAUCACAGAAAUUUGGGUUUGAAGUGGGGCCGGCGUGCUUCAUGGGCUAGGAGCCGCCGAGCACCCCAAAGGAGCAACCUCGUGACCUCAGUACGCUGCUUGUGAGCAUCCUGUGCGCGGUCCCACCUCGGACUGCAAAGAUUUCUCGUCCCCACCCCGACUUCAGCCAUGUCUUGGCACCUCGGUGCUGGACCCCAAACCAAGAGAGAACCAAGGGAAAGAGAAGAGCCGCGCCCCAAGGAGCCAGAUCACAUGACCUAGAUGCCCCACAGCCUUGGGCUGCGCUCAGCCCCCAAGUGCCUCCUUCUCCAGCCCCCUUCGCCUACAACCCGCCCAUAGGGACGGAGAACAGGCCAUGCUUCCCACCAGGCUCCAUCGCCCAUGUCCGCGGGAGCUCACAUGGGGUGGGGGUGGGCUGUAGAGUUUGGAUCGUUUAUUUAGAAAUUCAACUUGAAGAUGUGUAUUUCCCUCGGCCUUCAAAAGAAUGUUCUGCUCUGAGGCAAGCCUUGUAAAGGUCACCCUGCUGUGGCCAGAGCUCCCACGGUCCAUGUCAUUCCACACGUGCCUUUCUGGUGGAUUAAAGGUGCUUAUGUUGUUGUGCGUUUUAGUAAAUAUUUGUUAUUGUAUUGUUGUAAAUGUGCCGUGUCCCUGACUUUCAAUCAUGAACAUAAACCCGGCCACCGUCCCCCUCCUCCCGGGGAAAACCUGGAACCGGGGUUGGGGCAUGGAUUCUAAUGAACGGUGGGGCUCCCCUCCCCCCACCCUGGCCAAGAACUUGCAGUCAAAGGGAUCUGGGCCCAGGGCAGCAAGGAUCUGGGCUGUCAUUUACUAAGCAGGUGCCUGUGCCCUUCUUAGCUGUGGAUUUUUUUUUUUUAAUGGGAAGGAAAAAAAAAUUUAUAUUUUGCCUUCCCUAUGUGCACUUGGAUGAAAACGCAGGCUUGACUUCAUUGUAAUUGUCUCCCUUCACUUCUCUUCCUGCAGAGCCUGAUGGGGGAAGGCUGUCCAAGGGCAGGGAAACCACCUUUCCUAUAGCUAAUAAUUAAGCGAAAAUUGGUGCUGAUUUUUACACUUCUCUUUGUGGUGCUAUCUGUUUUAAGAUCUCCUUGAAGGUGACACUGGGGGGACCUGGCCACCCCUCACUCUCCCAGCUUUCUUUAUCUGGGUUCUUGCCUCCCCAAUUGUAGUUUUUGCCAAGGACUUUGAGAUAACCGCAUGUCUCGGCCUACCCCUUAGGCCCGGGGAGCCGCGCUCUGAAGCCUGGUUACGAUAUUGGGCUGUGAGGACUUGAUCUGAAAACACACAUACACAAGAAACACAAAGACUUCUCCCGCAUUGCGUACGGUGUGACAAUAGCAGAUUGUAUUCGGUUGCCGAAUGUUUGUGGUGCUAAAUCUGUGUUUGUUCCAAGAAGUGAGAUGCAACUGUCCAGUUGUUAUUCCAGCUGUCUCAGACGCAGCCCCAGGGACAAAGGGAGGCGUGAUGAACUCUGAGGCGCUCUGCAGGCUGCCGGCUGCACCGCUUCCCCACGUGGGCAGCUUGGAUUCCAUCUGCAAGGCUCCUGGGUGCGCGUGCCAGGGACUUCGGAGCUCGGUGCUGGGGAGAUGCCCUCUUGGCGCCACUCCUGCUCCUUGGCAUUGAGGGAAAGGUGCCACCUGUGGGCAGGAGGACCCCAAGUCCUAGCAAGAAAAGACAACCCCUACUGUGAAAAGUCACACUUGUGUGCUGCCCUUUCCUGCCAAGGUGGGAAGAGCAGAUGGGGCCUGGCAAGCCCCGAGCAGCCCCAGGAGCGAGCUGUGAGGCAGGCAUGGUUUUGGUGCUCUCCCCCAUCCACCUGUGUGGUACCGUCUAGGAACCCCCAGCCAAGCCACCCAGGAGUAGCAAAACAACCCAACACAAGCCCUCGAACUUCCCUAGGACAUAAGUCUUGCUCUUGCCAAAGAAAAGUCUGGCUUGGAGGUCCUCUAGACCUGGGACUCCAGCCUCUGCCAGUGUCUCACAGACGUCUCUUGAAAGGAAAAGCCAUAUGGGAAGGAGGCCUGUGGAGCCUGUCUAGGUCAUGUGAUUCUGUUGUGAUUUCUCAUCCCGCCUGGUUUGUCCUUUUAUUCCAUCACUUUCUCCCUCUGUUGGUCCUUCCAAAGCUGUUGUGAUUUGUACUGAAGUUCAAAACGUGUCCCAUUGUCCCCAGACCACUUUAGCUACGCUAUAUUGCAAUAAAAUUUCUUCUUAUAUUUGCAGAAA